UAAUGCGGAAUUCACGUCUUUCUCUUGACACCUUGUCGCCAUUUUGAGACGUGUGAGUGUAUGGUGGUUGGUACGAUCCUUGCCUUGUUUUCUUGGUUUUCUCCAAUUAUGGCCGCAAAUAGAGAAAGAACUUUCGUUAUGGUGAAGCCCGAUGGCGUUCAAAGAGGAUUAAUAGGUCAGAUCAUUCAAAGAUUUGAACAAAAAGGAUUUAAAUUGGUAGCAAUGAAAUUUAUGCAGGCCGAUGAUGAUCUGCUUAGGAAGCAUUAUUCGGAUCUUGCUGGUCGUCCAUUUUUUAAUGGGUUAGUAAAGUAUAUGCAAAUGGGUCCAGUGGUUCCAAUGGUUUGGGAAGGAUUAAAUGUUGUUAAGACAGCAAGAGAUAUGAUUGGUGCAACUAAUCCAAUGGAAUCUAAUCCAGGAACAAUUCGUGGCGAUCUCUGCAUUCAAGUCGGAAGAAACAUCAUUCACGGAAGUGAUUCGGUUCCGAGUGCAGAAAAAGAAAUCAGUCUAUGGUUCACUAAUAAGGAACUUAAUAAUUGGCAACCUGCCAUUGAUAAUUGGAUAUAUGAAGAAAAUUAGUUAUUGAUGGAUAUUUUUCAUUUUAUUAAACAGUAUUUAAUCAGGUGUUCACAAUCAUAAAAAUUCUCAAUCAAAACUUAUUCUGAUUUUCACUUUACAUGCAAUGAAAUUUCUGGUUACACUUUUAUACUUAAGAGAGUUUCAAAAAGUAUAUACUGUAAUAAAACAAUGAUACUGCUGUUAAUAAAAUGUGAAUGAUGUUAAAA